AUGCUCCUAGACGCUGGCGCCGAUGUUAAGGCUCAGGGCGGUCUAUACGGCAGUGCCCUACAGGCUGCUGUUGGUGGUCAUCUUGACAUUGCACUACAUGAUGCUGCUGUAUAUGGUGGAAGCAGUGAGAUUAUGCAGAUGCUCCUCGAUGCCGGCGCCGAUUUCAGGGCUCAGGGUGGUCAAUACGGCAAUGCCCUACAGGCUGCAGCAUAUGGUGGAAGCAGUGAUAUCGUGCAGCUACUCCUUGACGCUGGUGCUGAUAUCAAGGCUCAGGGUGGUAAAUACAGUAAUGCCCUACAAGCUGCGGCAUAUGGUGGAAGCACUGCUGCAUAUGGUGGAAGCAGUGAUAUCGUGCAGCUACUCCUUGACGCUGGUGCUGAUAUCAAGGCUCAGGGUGGUAAAUACAGUAAUGCCCUACAAGCUGCGGCAUAUGGUGGAAGCAGUGAUAUCGUGGUGGUGAAUACGGCAAUGCCCUAUAAGCUGCUGCAUAUGGUGGAAGCAGGUGGUGAGUACGGCAAUGCCCUAUAA